AUGAUGCAUUCGUUAAGACUCAGCUUUCAAGCCACUCCAAGGGCGCUACACUCACCUAUAAGAACAUACUCGCGCUAUGUGAGAACUGCACCAAAAACAGCAUCUACCAAGAGUGCACCUAAACCUGCCUCGGCAACUGAGGAAGAAUUACCUGAACAGGAUACACCACUGACGGAAUCUCGAACUGCUGGUGGCACUUCAACCGCAUCAUUUGCAUUUCAUGAUGCUCCACCCGAGACAAGAUCCACCUACAACCCUUCAUACUCUCCCUCUUCUCCCUCCUCAUUAUUGCCCAAUAACAUUAUCGAUUGGUCUGACUCUUAUCAUGGACUAGGUUCACAACCAUUUUCCAAAGAGAUUGCCGAUAUUUUAUUAGCACCAAUCGAAGAGCAAGACAUCGAAAUCAAACCGGAUGGUCUCUUGUACUUGCCCGAGAUCAAGUACCGUCGAAUCUUGAACAAGGCAUUUGGACCUGGUGGAUGGGGGUUAGUACCGCGGACAGAAUCCUUGGUUACCAAGUCGCAGAUUUCGCGUGAGUAUGGAUUGAUAUGUCAUGGGAGAUUGAUAAGUAUAGCUAGAGGCGAACAGGAUUAUUUUGGUGGGGAAGAAAAAGUGACUACGGCGUUGGAGGGUUGCAAGAGUAAUGCGUUGAUGAGAUGUUGUAAAGAUUUGGGAAUUGCUAGUGAGUUAUGGGACCCUGGUUUCAUUAGGAGAUGGAAGGCCAAGUAUUGCGAGGAAGUGUUUGUUGAACAUGUUGUGAAUAAGAAGAAGAAGAAGUUGUGGAAGUUGAAAUCGAAUAAAAAGAUUGAUUAUCCGUAUAAACAGUUGUGA